UGUCUUUUCCUAGCGCAGCCCGCCGCCAGCCCGCCGAGCGGGACCCUGCCCCGGCGCCUGCCGCCCCCUGCAGCGCCUGGCCGCUCCUCAGCCCUCCUCUCCCGCAGAGCGAUGGUGCGGAGGGCGCCCGGCGCGUCCCUCGCCCUGCUCCUGUGGGUAACGGCUGCCUGCGGCAGCCCCGCCGGGCCGGGGAUUGGCGCCGCCGCCGCCCGUAGGCAGGACGAGGCUGUCUCCACCGCCAGAUGCACCUCCAGGUGUCUGAGCCUGCAGAUCACCCGCAUCUCCGCCUUCUUCAAGCAUUUCCAGAACAAUGGGUCACUUUCUUGGUGCCAGAAUCAUAAACAGUGUUCAAAGUGCCUGGAACCCUGCAAAGAGUCCUGGGACCUGAAGAAAAACCAGUGCCAAAGCUUCUGUGAGCCUCUUUUCCCCAAGAAGAAUUAUGAAUGCCUAACUAGCUGUGAAUUCCUUAAGUACAUCCUGUCUGUGAAGCAAGGGGACUGCCCAGCACCUGAGAAGGCCAGUGGUUUUGCAGCUGCCUGUGUUGAAAGCUGUGAAGCUGAUAGUGAAUGUUCUGGAGUGAAGAAAUGCUGUUCCAAUGGAUGUGGUCAUACAUGCCAAGUUCCAAAAAAUCUAUACAAAGGUGUUCCACUGAAACCCCGGAAAGAAUUAAAAUUUAUAGAACUUCAGUCUGGAGACCUGGAGGUGAAGUGGUCUUCAAAAUUCAAUAUUUCCAUUGAACCUGUGAUCUAUGUUGUUCAGAGGAGGUGGAAUCAAGGAAUCCAUCCAAGUGAGGAUGAUGCUACUAACUGGCAAACUGUAGCACAGACUACGGACGAGCGUAUCCGGCUGCCAGACAUCCGAGCGAGCAGGUGGUACCAGUUCCGUGUGGCAGCUGUGAAUGUGCAUGGGACAAGGGGCUUCACGGCACCCAGCAAGCACUUCCGAUCCUCGAAAGACCCAUCUGCUCCACCAGCUCCAUCUAAUAUCAGAAUUGCCAAUAUCAGUGCAAACAAUGAUGGAAGUGUAAAUGUAAUGAUUACUUGGGAUCUUCCAGAAGAGCCUGAUAUCCCUGUACACCACUACAAAGUCUUCUGGAGCUGGACAUAUAGCAAAUAUGUAAUCCCAGCUAAAAAAAAGAGAAGGAAGAUUACCGAUGGGGCCCAAAAUUAUGUGGUCCUGGAGGGACUCCAACCCAACAGCAACUACAAUGUAGAACUGCAGGCAGUAACUCGUUGGGGUCAGAUACGCCUAAAAAGUGUUAAAGUUUCUCUCCAUUUUAGCACAACUCAGGACACCAGGAAUAAUAAGGAAUGGGUGUCUUCCACUGGUAAAGCCCAGAAAGAACUUAUAGAUCCUUACCCAACCUUUCAAAGAAGAAAAAGCACUCGUUUUCUUAAAGUUGGAACUCCUUUCUAUCAGGACAAUCAACUUCAAGUCAAAGUCUACUGGAAGAAGACGGAUGUCAGCAUGAAUCAAUUCCAAGUCCACUGGUUACUGGAGUCCUGUACACACAAUGACACCAAAGGGCUUGGGAGAGUAACAGAGAUGACUUAUGAAAACUACAUGAUUCUGAGGGACCUGUCAUUUUCAUGCAAAUAUAAAGUAACUGUUUUGCCUGAAAAAUCUAAAGGUCGUUUUAAGGCUGAGAGUGUUUUCUUUGUCACUCCACCAUGUUCUGCAUUUAAAGAAAAACACCACAAGCACAUUAAUUGUCCUGCUGAAGCAGUGCCAGUUCUACCCAAAGUGUUGGCCAAACCCGAGAAUCUAUCUGCGUCUUUCAUUGUUCAGGAAGGUAACAUCACCGGUCAUUUUUCCUGGAAGAUAUCCAAGGCAGAACUUCACCAGCCCAUGACAGGGUUUCAAGUCACUUGGGCAGAAGUAACCACAGAAAGCCGUCAGAACAGCUUGCCCAACAGCAUCAUAUCACAGUCGCAGAUACUGCCAGCAGAUCAUUAUGUACUUACCGUACCAAAUCUGAGGCCAUCAAUGCUGUACCGGUUAGAAGUUCAAGUGCUGACAACUGGUGGGGAAGGGCCAGCUACAAUAAAAUUGUUCCGAACACCCGACCUUCCUCCAUUUUCACCCCACAGACCUCAUCUGAAGCAACAUCAUCCACAUCACUACAAGCCACCUCCAGAUAAAUACUAGACUGUUAAUUAUACAAAUAACUUAGAGAAAAACUGAGCUCCCAAAUGAGAGAUAGGAAAAGGCACAUCUGUAGGAGCAAUUAACGCAGUUUUCCAGUGGAAGUUACCAUCCUGUAUGAUAUUUAUCAACUUCUCUGUAGUUUAGCCAUGAAGAAUUGUAUUUGCACCAAGACCAUGAUACAUAAAGAAUCAUGGCUUCAUACAUAAAGAAUUAUUUCAGUACCACCACUGUUCAACAAACUGAAGACCACAGCCAGCAUCUAUGAGAAAAUCAAAAGUGUGUUAUAAUGUUUUUGUAUUUCAAUGUUUAAAGUAGAUUGAAGUGGUGCAGUGUGUACAGAUUUUUCUCUUAGUGACUUCAAUGUUAAUAUUUGCAAGUUUGUCCUGUGUUGUAUACAUACAUUUGAACACUGAAGGCCAUAUUCUCAUCAGCGUGUUUAAAUGACCUAUUUUACUUAAGGCUCUGCCUGUCACCAGUUUAAACCCUAGUGUAUUUUGCCAUUAAGGAGAUCACCAUAUGUCUGAAAUAAAGACAUAAGUAAAAUAAAUACCAGUGGCUGAAAUCCUAAAAUAGUAUUUAGUAGUUGCAAUAUCACCACAGAUGAGGAUGGCGAUAGAUUUGUAUCACCCAUCUGUUCUAAAGUGGUAAUGUAUUAGCAGGUAGAUCUUCUAUUAAUGUAGUUAAUAGCUGAAAAAUAUACAAGGUGAAUGGGCCAUUUUAAAUAAACAUGGAAAUUAAUAGAAUUGUUGAAAAUGAAUACAUUUAAUUGAUAGAUCCUGGAAGAAUUAGUUUUCAAAUCCCACUUAUCAUUUUUGGUAUUUAAUAUUUCAAGGUAUAAUAAUAGCUUGAAAAGAAAGUCCAAGUUUCUAGUAAAAAAGCCUGAAUACUUAGCAUGAAUAUUACAGAAACUGAAAUUCUGAGGCACAUUUAUUGUUCAAGUAGCUAUAGAGCUACUUUUGGCUUUGGAUUUUAAUGCACAUAUUUCUUUUCCCUGUGGAUCUUUUGAACAGAAGGAUGGACGUUUUGGCUCUAUUCUGCUGUUCAGCUCACAGAAAGAAUUACGUGACAAUAGUCUGGCAUCUGGAAAACAUUGGCUUAUAGUUUAUUUGAAUGCAUUUUUCAAAUUUAGACAGAAGGGUGCCCUUUUUAACCGUAAGGGAAUUCAUAUUGCCUUAUUGUGCAAUAUAAACUGUCUAGAAUAAUUUGCCACACAGAGAGACAUACCUCUACAGUAAACAGAAACUGCUUGGAUUUAUUACCGAGAGAAGAAAGUAUCUGCCAAUAAACAUCCAUGCAAAUACUCAUAAUCAGCUUCUAAUGUUAAAGUUGCUCGAAGUGCUUCUGCAUUCUUUAAUACUAUUUUUGUUGCUCUCUGAAUAUCAAUAUGACACUGAUGUACCUCAAAAAUUCAGGAGUCAAACUUGACAAGGUGGCCACUCUUUCUACUAGCAGAUGCUAGUCUUACCUGUACCUUGAAUUUGCCUGAGAUAUUCAGUGCGAGAAACUUAGACAUUAAUAAUAAAUAUAGUUUCCUUCUCUUGAUGACAAACUAUUUUAUGGAAAAGAAAAUACAAAGAGAAGGAAAUUCGUACCUGAAACUGAGGAUCAGUUAUGUAAUGUUCACAAAAUAUUCAAAUACAAUUUGUCUGAACUGAAGAUAAUUGCCUUUUUUUUUUUUAACGUGGGUUAAUGCCACAGGAAGUGAAGGAAACUGCAUUAGUUUCUGAUCACUCAUUCCAGUUUUCUUAGAUUUCUACCUUUGGUUUUGAAGGACUCUUUUUUUUCUAUUUUCUUGCUAUUUUGUAUGUUGUCUUUUUUGAUAUGCGCUCAAUAGCUGAAAACUUUUCCAGAUAUUUUCUACGGCUGCGUGGUUUGAGCCUUUAACAGUAGUUGUAAAAAUAUUAAAAGCUAUGCUGGUUUUACCUCCUUCGUCCAGCAUUCCAUAAACUCCCGUUUUCCAAAACACGUUAGUAAAUAAACAGGUGAAUUCUUCUUCAUCAAAUUGGUAGUGUAAAGGUUUAUUUUCCAUUUUGGCAGAAGGCCUGAGACUCAGAGAUUUUUGUCAGGAUGGAAAUUGUUGAUGCAUACAAGUCUUUACAAAGAAAACACCAUUUGAAUCGUCCCAGUGUGCAGCUCUGCUUGAACAUUUAGAUUGCACAGUGCAUAGGUAAGGCUCAACGUGAUCUCGAUGGUGUUUACUGAGAGCAGGAGUCAGUGGGGUCAGGGAAAGUACCUCCAGCUUCCCUGAAAAAUUCUGUCCAAACCUUUUAAUCACAGUCUAUUCUAGUUAUGCUGGAGUAAAUCUGUAGUGACUCGACUAAGAGUAAUGAAAUUGUGUGUCAUUCAUAGUGGCAUGGUAAAGCAUAGAACAUAGAUGUUGGUAUUUAUUACAAUGAUAUCAAAUCUGGCUUGUAGAUAAACUGGAAGUUAGCAGCCCCGAGUGACUGUACCCUUAGUCUUGAUUGCUGAGGGGAAGCCUCAUUCUUCUGAAAUGAAUCAAAAUGGUUACUGUUUGCUGAUGCCAGUCUUUUUGAAGCAUUCAACUUUUAAAGGCAACAGUGGACUUUACAAGAAUAUGGAGGGAUUUUACUUUUAAAAUUGAUACUGUAAAUAAAGAUAGAAAAAGUAGAAUCAUAUUGAACUGUAUGAUAUUGAGUCCACUAAGAAGUAAAUAAUUUUUUUCCUACUACAAAUCAACUCAACGACUCAUCUUUAAAGUCACCCUCCAAAUAAAAAAUCAAAAAUACAAGGUCAGCAAAACUCGUGCAUGGAUGUUAUAUUCCCAUGUGUGAGUGAUUUUCUGAUUAUUCUUUGAAUUUAGCAGUACAGAUUUGAAGUUCUUAGUGCCUAAUUCAUAAAGCCUUGUUUGCUGAAUUGUACAGGAUAACAUCCUAAUUUCCUAGCCUAACUCACAUUUAAUUCAGCAAGAGAGUUGUAAUUCGUAACUUGAUUCACUAGUUAAAGAUUUAUUUUCUCUAAUAAUGUUAUAUACACAGAGUUAAUACAGA